GCUUAGUGAUUCCUAAAUAAAAUAUCUGUCACCUAAACCACAUAAAAUUCAACCAUGAAAGUUCAAAAUUGGAGAAAAAGAAAAUCAAAGAAUCGCCCAAAAUCUCAGUAUUCAAUUGCUUGAAGUCCCAACUCAUCAAUGGCAGCCUCUGCAGUUCUUCAUCUCUAUUCACCGUCUCUUUCCGUAUCCUUCAAAACCCACAAACCCAUUCUAUAUAGACCCCCUUCCAUUUUCAAACCCCUAAGGCCCAGAAUCAAAGCCGCCACAUCAAUUGACUACUCUACCCCGUCUAAAUCAGCCUUCAAGAACAACUCCAGCACCUGGCAAUGGAAAUUCAAUGACAAUUCGGUAAACAUCCACUUCGAAAGACUCGAAAAUGAUGGCUCUCAGAAGCCCUCCAAGAACAUUCUAAUGAUGCCCACUAUUUCUGAUGUUAGUACUGUUGAGGAAUGGAGACUUGUGGCUGAGGAAAUUGUCGGGAAAAACGACGGAGUCAAUUGGAGUGCGACGAUUGUGGAUUGGCCUGGUCUUGGGUAUUCUGACAGGCCUAAGCUUGAUUAUAAUGCAGACGUUAUGGAGAAGUUUCUGGUGGAUUUCAUCAGCGCCCCUGAUAGUCCCAUCGCCAGCUCUGCUUCAGAUAAUGAAUAUGUGGUCUUUGGGGGAGGGCAUGCUGCAACGAUAACAGUUCGUGCUGCAAAGAAGGGUUUGGUGAAGCCAAAGGCCAUUGCUUCUGUUGCACCCACCUGGGCCGGUCCCCUUCCUAUCGUGUUUGGUAGAGAUUCUAGUAUGGAAUCGAGGUAUGGGCUUCUAAGAGGGACCUUAAGGGCCCCUGCUGUAGGUUGGAUGAUGUACAAUGUUCUUGUCAGCAAUGAGAAGGCAAUCCAAUCCCAGUACAAAUCCCACGUGUAUGCAAAUCCUGAAAAUGUAACUCCCAGUAUUGUUGAGAGCAGAUAUGCACUUACAAAACAAAAAGGUGCUCGCUAUGUGCCUGCUGCUUUCUUGACCGGCUUGCUCGAUCCAGUAAAUUCCAGGGAGGAAUUCGUUGAACUAUUUGCAGGACUGAAAGGAGAUAUUCCUGUCUUAGUUAUGUCGACUGCAAGUGCACCCAAGAGAUCAAAAGCAGAAAUGGAAUCUCUCAGGGGAGCAAAAGGAGUAAGCAAAUUUGUUGAAGUACCAGGUGCUCUCUUGCCACAAGAAGAGUAUCCCCAGAUAGUUGCAGAAGAGCUAUACAAUUUUUUACUAGAGAAUUUUGAGUUGAAAGCUUUAGAAUAGUAACAACCAAUAGUGGUGAAGAGCAGAGGUAAAUUGUUCUCUAUGUUUUGAUUUAACACAAUGGUGGCAAGUUCUGAUUUGUUUUGACCUUGAUAUUUGUUGUUCCUGAAAUUAUAAUAAUUGAUUUGUCCGAGAAUGUUGAAUCCUAUAUAUAUGGACACGUAUAAUUCA